CUCAUUAUUUUAUCACGUAAUAAAUUUUUAUUCAAUUAACUUAUAUUUUUAUAUUGCGAAGCUUUUUUUCUAAUCAAUUAAAAUCAUUCUUAGCAUUACAGACCGAGGUCGCGUAGACGAGCUUUGCACGCGUCAUCCAAAAUUCUCCUCUGUCUCACAACCACAACGAUUCCCAAUUGCCUCCGCAAUGCCUAUCCGCCACCUUCUCCGAAAGCCAUUCUACUUCCCCAGACCCCGCCAGAUCCUCCGCCAUCAAUCCACCUCCGCCGAAUCCCGCACCCGCGCCCGAAUAACCUCCCUCCAUGCCCGCCUCCCCAAUUUCCUGCACCCCUACACCUGCGGCCUCCUCACAGCUCCCAUCUCCCACUUGGUAUCCUUCCUCAUCCUGCACGAAAUAACGGCUGUUGUACCGCUCAUUGGGUUAGCAAGUUUGUUCCACUACACGAACUGGCUGCCUGAAGCUUGGGUCGAGGGACGGUGGGUCAAAGAGGGCGUGGAUAGGUUCGGGCGGUAUUUCGGGAGGAAGGGAUGGUUUGGGUUUUCUGCACAAGAGAAGGGAGAGCAGGGGGAAGGGGGGGAGAUAUCGGUAGAGAGUGAGGAGAACAGGUGGCGUGUUGGGGAGAGGGGUGGUAGGAUUUUGGUAGAAGUUGCGACGGCGUAUGCUAUUACGAAGGUGUUCUUGCCAGCGAGGAUGUUGCUCAGUGUUUGGGGGACACCAUGGUUUGCGAGGGUAUUUGUUGGGAGGUUUACUGGGCUCUUUAGAGGUGUGAAGGGAGCGGGGAAUGGCAAAGGCGCAGCUGGGCUGGGAGCCAGUGCUGGUGGUGUUGGUGGCGGGAUAGGAAAGGACCUCGAUAGAGUGAAGAAGAUGCCACCCUGACGAGUAUACAUCACAUAAUAGAUAUCUAGACCAAUUUGCACCAUUAGAAGGCAUCAAAGCUUUUGUUCUAUGUAAAGACGUCCCUUCAUAUCCGCCAUCCACAUCAGUCAAACCAACAUGUACGAAGUGUCAU